UAAAUCAAUCUAUUAUUAUUGCAUUGCACACCCUACUUACAAUAUAUAUAUUUGAGGGUUUGGUAUGAUUAUUUAGGGUAUUGUAAUACAAAAUGAUGAAGAUGAUGAAGAAAAUGCAACUGGUCAAUUAUUAGAACAAUAUGACCAUUAUUAGCAUUAAUUGUCUAUAAAUAUAUAUACGAUACUGACACUAAUGCUAUAGUUGAACAAACCACUCCAUUAUCAUCAUAAACAAACAUGGCUUCACCAACCUCAGACGAGAAUAAUUCCCGACCACUGAAACCCAUCCCCGGUAGCUACGGCCUUCCAUUCUUCGGAGCUCUAAAAGACCGCCACGACUACUUCUACAACCAAGGUCAGGACGAGUUCUUCCUUAGCCGGAUCAACAAAUAUGGCUCAACAGUCUUCCGUACCAACAUGCCUCCUGGUCCAUUCAUCUCCUCAAAUCCCAAAGUCAUUGCCGUCCUUGACGCCGUCAGCUUUUCCGUCCUACUCGACAACUCAAAAAUCGAAAAACGUAACGUCCUUGACGGCACGUUCAUGCCCUCCACCUCCUUUACCGGCGGCCACCGCGUGUGCGCUUAUCUUGACCCUUCUGAGCCCAAACACGCAGCAAUCAAAGGCUUCAUACUCUCUACUCUCGCCUCCAAACACGACCCUUUCAUCCCUCUCUUUCGUGCUUGCUUAUCCGAACUUUUCGCUAAUAUUGAAGACAACAUAAGAGAUAACAACGUUGCCAACUUCAAUGACUUAAGUGAUAACAUGUCUUUUAACUUCGUCUUUAACCUCUUUUGCGAUGGUAACCCAACUGAACAUGGGCUUGGACCAAAAGCAAACAUAGAUUUCGACAAGUGGCUCUUCUUUCAACUCCAUCCACUGAUAACCUUAGGACUUUCGAAGUUCCUUAAUUUGUUCGAAGAUUUGGUUCUACACACGUUUCCUUUACCUUCGUUUCUGGUUAAAUCCGGAUACGACAAGCUUUACAAUGCUUUUUACUCGUCUGCAAGUGUAAUCCUCGACGAAGCAGAGAAUCGUUUCAAUAUCAAAAGAGAUGAAGCUUGUCACAACUUGGUUUUCGUUGCUGGUUUCAAUGCUUACGGUGGCAUGAAAGCUUUGUUUCCAAGUUUAAUCAAGUGGGUCGCAUUAGGAGGAGAGAGUUUGCAUCGACAAUUGGCUGAUGAAAUCAGAACCGUUGUUAAGGAACAAGGUGGGGUUACCAUAACAGCUUUGAAUAAAAUGAGUUUGACUAAGUCAGUAAUCUAUGAGGCAUUGAGAAUUGACCCUCCAGUUCCGUUUCAAUAUGGUAAGGCUAAAGAGGAUAUGAUAGUCAACAGCCAUGACGUGGCAUUUCAGAUUAAGAAAGGAGAAAUGAUCUUUGGAUAUCAGCCGUUGGCUACAAAAGAUCCAAGGAUUUUUGAUAACCCAGAAGAAUUUGUUAGUGAUAGAUUUGUUGGAGAAGAGGGAGAGAAGUUAUUGCAAUAUGUUUAUUGGUCAAAUGGGAGGGAGACUCAGAAUCCAACGGUUGAUAACAAACAGUGUCCUGGAAAAGAUCUGGUGGUGCUUAUGUGUAGGGUACUUUUGGUGGAACUCUUCUUAAGAUAUGAUACGUUUACUAUUAAGGCUUCUAAGUUGUUGUUGGGUUCAUCGGUGAAAUUCUUGUCCUUGACAAAGGCCACAACCACAAUUUGAUUGGGUAAUUUUGUUGUGUUGUAUUUUGUGAUUACUUUUUUCUUGAAUGAUUGUUUCAUUUCAUGAUUUCUACAGCAUUGUUUUUUUUUUUUUACUUUUAAGUUUGUUCUUGAAUAAAUUAUUAUAUAUUUCAAUAUAAUGUUUAAUUAGGGAGUGAAUUUUAUAUUA